CUGUUCCCUGCCAUUUUGAACUUGGCCAGCAAUGCUCACAUCUCCACAAAUGCCACCUGUGGGGAGAAGGGACCAGAGAUGUUCUGCAAACUGGUGGAGCAUGUCCCAGGACGGCCCCUGCGCAACGCCCAGUGCCGAGUCUGCGACCAUCACAGUGCCAAUCCCAAAGAGCAGCACCCGAUUUCCAGUGCAAUUGAUGGUACCAAUAACUGGUGGCAAAGUCCCAGCAUUCAGAAUGGAAGGCAAUACCAUUGGGUUACCAUCACCUUGGAUUUAAGGCAGGUCUUUCAAGUUGCAUAUGUCAUCAUCAAAGCUGCUAAUGCUCCACGACCUGGAAACUGGAUUUUGGAACGCUCCAUAGAUGGCACAGAGUUCAGACCAUGGCAGUACUAUGCAAUUAGCGAUACUGAAUGUUUAACUCGUUAUAAUAUUACGCCAAGAAUUGGGCCGCCAACUUACAAGAGAGAUGAUGAAGUGAUCUGUACCUCCUAUUAUUCCAGACUAGUUCCCCUGGAACAUGGAGAGAUUCACACAUCACUGAUCAACGGUAGGCCCAGCGCUGAUGAUCCUUCACAAAAGCUUUUGGAGUUUACUUCUGCACGAUACAUUCGCCUACGACUGCAGCGUAUUAGAACUCUCAAUGCUGACCUCAUGACUCUCAGCCAUAGUGAUCCUAAAGAACUAGACCCUAUUGUUACCAGGAGGUACUACUAUUCAAUAAAGGACAUCUCUGUUGGUGGCAUGUGUAUUUGUUACGGCCAUGCUCGAAGCUGCCCUCUGGAUGAAAUUACAAAGAAAUUGCAGUGCCAGUGUGAACACAACACUUGUGGAGAGAGCUGUAACAAGUGCUGUCCAGGCUACCACCAGAAACCGUGGAGACCAGGAACCAUUUCUGCUGGAAAUAAAUGUGAGAAGUGCAACUGUCAUAACAAAGCAAAAGAUUGUUAUUACAAUCAAAGUAUUGCAGAUGAGAAAAGGAGCAUGGAUAUUCAUGGCCAGUAUGUAGGAGGUGGCGUGUGUUUAAACUGUACUCAGCAUACUACUGGGAUCAACUGUGAAAUGUGUGCUGAUGGAUAUUUUAGACCACACAAAGUUUCUCCCUAUGAAGAUCACCCCUGCUAUCCCUGUGACUGUGACCCGUUUGGCUCUCUAAGUUCUGACUGUGUCAAAGAUGAGCACCAUUCUGACUCACAGCAUGGGACUUGGCCAGGUCAGUGUCAAUGCAGAGAAGGUUUCACAGGAGAAAAAUGUGAUCGUUGUGCGUUUGGAUAUCGGGGCUAUCCAAACUGCCUGCGCUGUAACUGCAGCCUGAUUGGUAGCAUUAACGAAGAUCCGUGCACAGAACCUUGUCUUUGCAAAGAAAAUGUAGAAGGUGAAAACUGUGAUUUCUGUAAACCAGGAUUCUACAAUUUACAAGAAAGAAAUCCUCAGGGCUGCACAGAGUGUUUCUGCUUUGGGGUUUCUGAUGUCUGUGACAGCCUAACAUGGCCCAUCAGUCAGGUAUCAGACAUGACUGGAUGGCUUGUUUCUGAUCUGUAUAAUGCAAGGAGCGUGCAACCUCAGCGAAGCCAAUUUGAUGGACCCCGUCAAAUAAGUAUUAACAACACUGAUGCUGUGAAAGUAUUGAAACAUACUUAUUACUGGUCAGCACCUGAGACUUACCUAGGAAAUAAGCUCACCGCUUUUGGUGGAAACUUGAAGUAUACAGUAUCUUACGACAUUCCAAUGGAGAGUGUGGACAGUGAUAUAGUAUCUAGUGUGGAUGUCAUCAUUCAGGGUAAUGGGCAGAUUUUGAGUACGAGAGCAGCAGGCUUGUCAUUACAGCCAUAUGAGGAGUACUCUAAUGCAGUGAGACUUGUAUCAGAGAAUUUCAUAGACUUCAAUACAAAAAAAGCUGUAGAUCGGGAAAGGUUAAUGACUGUUCUGGUAAACGUGACCCAUCUUCUGAUCAGGGCCAACUACAACAUUGCCAGAAAAGCCAUAUACAGGCUGGACUCUGUGACCCUGGAUACUGCAAGUGCAAAUGUUAUAGAUCUUUCUUCAGCACCAGAUGUGGAAUUCUGUGAAUGUCCUCAAGGUUACACAGGAAUAUCCUGUGAGUCCUGUCUCCCUGGGUACUACCGUGUGGAUGGAAUACUCUUUGGAGGUAUCUGUCAGCCCUGCAAGUGCAAUGGGCAUGCAACUGAAUGCAAUAUUCAUGGUGUUUGCUUUGCUUGUCAACACAACACGACAGGACCUUUCUGUGAUCAGUGCUUGCCCGGCUUCUAUGGAAGUCCAUCCCAAGGAACUCCUGAGGACUGCCAGCCCUGUGCAUGUCCUCUGAGUUCUGCUGCAAACAAUUUCAGCCCCACUUGUCAACUUAGUGAAGGAGGUGGGAUUGUCUGUGACAAAUGUCUUCAAGGUUAUACUGGUUCUCAGUGUGAAAGGUGUGCUAAUGGUUACUAUGGAAAUCCCCUCAUACCUGGACAGUUGUGUGCUCCUUGUGAAUGCAAUGGCAAUGUAAACCCACAAGAGGAUGGCCACUGUGAUACCUUGACAGGACAAUGCCUGAAAUGUCUGGGGAACACAGCAGGUCACCACUGUGAAAAGUGUGCUGAUGGGUAUUAUGGGGACGCAGUGAUUGAGAAAAGCUGUCGUGCCUGUGCCUGCCAUGUGAAUGGUUCUCUUUCGAGUACCUGUCAUCAUGAGACAGGCUUCUGUCACUGCAAACCAAAUGUCAUCGGAGAAAGAUGCGACAAGUGCUUGAAUGGUUAUUAUGGCCUGCUAACUGGGCUUGGCUGCAUUCCCUGCAACUGCAGUCAAUUUGGCUCAGUCUCCGAAGACUGCAAUCAUCAGGGACAGUGUCACUGUGCACCAGGAGUGGCUGGAGAAAAGUGUGAUCGUUGUGCUCAUGGCUUUCAUACAUUCCAGGAUGGUGGCUGCACACCCUGCGACUGUGCUCAUACUCUGAACAACUGUAAUGCUGAUUCUGGCCAAUGUAUUUGUCCCCCACACACUCAGGGACCAAAAUGUGAACACUGUGAAGAAAAUCACUGGGGACUCUCUCCUAAAUUCGGCUGCAAGGCUUGCAACUGUAGCAACACUGGUUCAGCCAAUCUCCAGUGUGAUGUAUUGACAGGUCAGUGCCAGUGCAAAGUUGAAUUUGGAGGCCAAGACUGUUCCAGGUGUGCGCUGGGCUACAGGGACUACCCGGACUGUGUUGCCUGUGACUGCGAUUUGAGUGGAACUAAAGCAGAGAUGUGUGAUGACUCUGAAGGACUUUGUGGUUGUGAAGAAGAAACUGGCCUCUGUACCUGCAAGGAAAAUGUAUUUGGCCUACAGUGCAGUGAAUGUAAACCUGGAACUUUUGCUCUAUCUGCUAACAAUGGACUAGGCUGUACUCCGUGCUUCUGUUUUGGGAUGUCCACAUUCUGUUCAGAACUAGAAGACCAUGUCAGAAUUCCUGUAAGUAAAAUGAC